GGGAUUCAAGGCAGUCCGGAUACUCGGGGCGUGGAUCCGUGGCGGCGGGGUGUGGUCCCUACCUCUUUCUCCGCCACUAUAAAAGAUCUUGAAUUCAGCUCGGCAGGCAUCAGUCCUACACAAGUUGAUCCAGCACUCGUUCAGCCAUGGCCUUCAAGUUCGUCCUUUUCGCCGCCCUCGUGGCCGCUGCCAACGCCGGAAACCUCAUCGCUCCGGCGCCCCUGGCCUACGCCGCGGCUCCGGCUUACGCUCACGCUUACGCCGCCCCCGCAUACGCGCACGCCGCCCCCGUGGCCUACGCCGCCCCCGUCGCGAAAACCGUCGUCACCAAGACCGUCGACGCCGACUUCGACCCCCAUCCCCAGUACAGCUACGCCUACGACGUCCAGGACUCGAUCACCGGCGACAACAAGCAACAGCACGAGACCCGCGACGGAGACGUGGUGCAGGGUAGCUACUCGCUCGUCGAAGCCGACGGAAGUCGUCGCAUCGUCGACUACACCGCCGAUCCCGUCAACGGAUUCAACGCCGUCGUCCGCAAGGAAGCAGCCGUUGUGAAGGCCGCCCCCGUGGUCGCCAAGGUCGCCGCCCCCAUCGCCUACGCUGCCCCCAUCGCGAAGUACGCCGCCCCUCUGCAGUACGCCGCCGCCCCAGUCGUCGCCAAGUACGCGGCUCCCCUGAGCUACGCUUACGGCGCACCAGUGGCCAAAUACGCCGCCCCCGUCGCACACGCUCCUCUGACCUACGCCCCCGCUGCCCCCCUUGCCGUCGCCAAGUACGCCGCCCCCCUGAGUUACGCGUACGGUGCCCCCAUCGCCAAGUACGCCGCACCCCAGUUGGCCUACUCCGCACCAGCUUACUACCAUUAAGUUAUUCGACGAUUUUGAAAUAUAAAUAAUAUUCAUUAUCAAUUA